AUGUUGACCGAAUCAAGCAGCAUGUACGGCAUCGAUGAAUCGCUAAGCUCCAGUGAUCAGGAAAUGUUUGCCCUAUUUCUUCGGUACCCAGAGAUCGACUUCGAUGCUGACCUCGACAUCUCGGACAAGUCGACAACAGAAAUCCCUACCGAAACCAAGGUUGAUUCGUCUCCAAUCUCCGUCGCACCAGACAAAGGCUCAGACUCGGACGCCAGCACACUUGUUGAUCAACUCGGCAGGUCGCCAACUCUGAGCACGCCUGUACGACGCUUCGAGCCUCGAUCAAACAGCUCCUCUCACGAGAACAGCAGCGACUGGGCCUCUUUCAUGCACUUGAUGCAGCAAUCAGAUCUUCCUGCUGAAUGCUUGCACUACUAUACCUGCUUACGAAAGGGCUUUGUUGGAGUCGGUGCGGAACUCUUUGGCACAGUGCGUCUAGGAAGGUCGUCCAAUACUUCAGGAGUCAUAUGCUGGUUGUUGAAGAACGUCACCUAUUCCUGCGAUCAAACUACGAUGCAGAUAGAGCAAGUUGCCAACCUCAAGACCUUGGUUGCUUUCAACUCCACACCAUCGGCGACCCAGUUGUGGUCUACAUACCUGCAAAGAGCCAAGCUGAUUGUAGAAAACCUUGCCUUACCCUCGAAGCGGGAAUGCGACCUCAUCGGAUGUCUGGUGUUCCUCUACGAUGCUCACAUCUACAAUGAAGUACUGCAAGUCAUGUCACUCAACAUUGUCGACGACACGAUAGCCAAAAAGCUGCACAUGCUGUAUGAUAAGCUGGUGAGUUGGCACCACAAAUACAAGCAAUGGUGUCAUGGUAUGCGAGACCUGAAAAACACGUACAUCCAGCCACUUAUUGAACAAUACUCCAAUUCCAAAGAGGCACAGGAAGAGUUCAACGACUUUCAGGAGCGGACAAUUAAGGCGAGUGCUGCACUGGAGAAACCUGCAGAGGAGAUGGCGGAAAUGACGGAGAAUGUGGUCAAGACUCUGAACUUGAGUGCUCGACGGCCAGGAGCUGGUUCGAGUUUGAAGAGGAGUAAGACGAGGUACAAGAGGGAGCACACUAUGUGA